AUGGACAGACAGGCGGCUUUUCGUCUGGGCCCGCAGCAACGACAAGAUGGAACGAGGACGGUGGAGACAGACACAUCAAUUCAGGAUAACCAUCAAUGGAUGAGUCAGGGCUCUGCCGAUGGGGUGGAUUGGGUGCUGGAAUGGACCAAUGCAGCAGAAGGCGGCGAAGAGAGCAGCGCAAAACGUGGACCGUGGGAUCACUUGACCUGCGCUGCUGCUGCUAUUAUUAACACCGCUUACCGUACGGAAACCGUAUCCGUACCGCCAGCACUGCGUGCGCCCCCGGGGCAGAGCCGCCCAGCCCGUAACGCGGUGACGGUACCGAUACCGCCGGCGUACCGUACAAGCGGUAUCGUUGCCACUGUCGUUCUAAUUAUGAUAGGCACGCUACUCCAGGCAAACAGUGCAUACGCAGGCAGGAAUAAUAAAAUUUAA